AUGGCUAGGUUCACUUCACUUUUGGCAGCUCUGGCCACUUUGGCUACUUCUGUGACUUCGAAAAAGGUGUUUAUCGAGAAUGACGGCUUGGCUGCUUUGCAGCUCUUGAUUCCUCUUUACGCAGGCUACGAUGUGGUUGGUCUCUCUAUGAGUUUCGGCAGUGCCUCGAGCGUCGAUGCCCUCGGAGUUGCUUACGAUAUCCUUUCCGAGUACAACUUGACUUCGUGUAUUCCUCUAUACUUGGGAGCGGAGCAACCACUGCUCCAAACCAAUGACACCUUCCAGCUUCACAAUACCCUCUUUGGAGCCCCAGUUUGGGAAGGUGCUUAUGCAUCCACUUAUGAAGACUCUUAUUCUUGGGAGGAUCUCGAGUAUGAUGAUGCUACCCCUGGAGCCAUUGCUAUGAUCGAGGCCGUGAAGAAGUACAAAGAUACCGAUCCCGUAACCAUUUACGCGGCAGGUAUGAUGACCACUGUUGCCCAAGCAUUGAGUAUCUAUCCUCAGCUAGCCGAAGAAGCAGCCGGUUUGUAUGUCAUGGGUGGUUACAUUGACAAUCAGUACGCACAAGCCACCGGUUCUUCAAUUGAGGUGGACAUCAACACAGAUAUCAAUUUGAUCCAAGAUCCAGAAGCAGCUCAAAUUACUUUGACUGCUCCUUGGAAGAAGCUUGUCAUUGGUGGUAAUGUCACAAACUAUCUGGUUCCUUCCCAGCCACUUUACGACCGUCUUAUCCACAAAGCUGGUGGCUUGGACAAGAUAGACGGCAGCGAAUAUUUCGCAGCUAUCCAAGACAUUGUAUACUCGGGCAAUUACUCCCAGAACAACGAGCAGCAAACUCUUCCCUUUUGGGAUGAAGUUGUUUCUUCCUUCAUGGUCUACCCAGACAUCAUCACUGAUUCCAUAGAUGUUCAGUGCGCUGUGGACACCUCAUUUUAUUCGCCAUUUUAUGGUAAUCUGAGAAUCUGGGGAGAAGAGUUCGCUCCAACAUCUGGUGUUAGAACAGGAAAUGCGACUCUGAUCAAUUCUAUCAAAGACGAUGAUUUCUAUGAUUUGAUGGUCGAUGUUUUGUUCACUAACUGGACCGACUACUGUGCAACCGGUUCGUUCGCUUCAUUGGAAGGUUAUUGA